CGGUUUUGAAGCCUUGCUCGCAUUUUAUAAUUUGGGCCAACGUUUUUAGCUUUCUUCUAAAAUUUACAUCUGCUGUUUAUACCCGUGAGUUAGCAUCAAUGUCUUUAACAGCUGUCGCUGAAGUAGAGGUUUCAUAACAACCAUGCAAUUGCAAAUAGAACUAGCAUAAACAAGACAGAAAUGCAAACCUCGUGCAAGACUAAAUUGCAGUUCGUCUGCCUAAGUCCACUUUCUCAAAAAAAUGUGUCGACCUCUCAAGCCAGGGUGUGACUAUUUUAACCAACUACAAAAUGCCGCAUUCCCUAACAUCUUUGUUUGAGUUGACGCCAUCAUUUCUGAACAGCCACCAUCUUAGAUCCGCCAUCUUGGAUUUGUCGAUUUUUACAAAACGUUCGAAAGUCGCGAAAAGAUGACUCAAAUAUCGUCAAACCCACAACGACAGUACAAAAUAAGUAAAACAAAAAAUGAAAGUUACUACACGCGAGAUUCUAUUUCAAAAGAAAAAACAAAAUACAAUAUUUCAAUAACAUGACCGUCAGAAUAUAAUAACCCUGAAAACAGUAAGAUCCUUGACCGAUUUUUAUUCAUAUUUUUACAGUUGAUGUGAUAUCUCACGAUUUUUGCCGUCUUAACUAAGUAUAGAUGUAGAUAACAUGUUAGGAAAACUCGCGAAUUUGGAGUUCGGUGCUCUAAUGUUUUUGAAGUUAAAAGCCUUCGAGGUUGAAAACAUUAAAAAAAACAAAAUCCAACAUUUGAAUAACAUGCCUAUCAAAAUAUGGUUGCCACUGAAACACCAGCAUCCUGGAUCCAAAACAUGUCAUACCAAAUGAUUCUCAGAUAACAAACUCGCAAAUUUGGACUUCAUUGGUCUAAUGCCUCUAAAGUUAUAAGUUUUUGAAGUUAGUGCUGUCUCAAAAGCUCCAGUCGCCGGUCUGAAUAGCGUGCAUAAUGACUUGACGAUUAUUUGUCAGCUCCACUUCUUGCUAGCCUUAUUAAGGCUGGAGUACCUACGAUCUGAGUACAAUCAAUGAGAAUCUCGUCUCCGUGAAAAAGCGGUGAAAAAAAUUAGGAGAUUAAAAACAACUAAUCAUCGAAAUUAUAUGGCGGUCUGUUUGAAUGUCACUGUGAUCUUAAAGAUUACGAACCUUCCGUCCUCGCAGUUGUGUCUGCUUCGGCUAUCUGUUUCCUUUUGGCUUGAUUGUUUUUCCUAUCUAGUUUGAUUUUAUUACAAUUACUUUAGGGUUCAUGCAUAUCCAACUUAUUUUUCAAAUUUCAUUUAAAUCUAUUCAACAGUAUCUGUGAAUCUAAUGUUUUAAAGGGCUUGAACUCGAUCUCCAUAAGUGUCAGAUUGUUGUACCAUCAGCACCCCUUUUACCCGUUUGAAUCCCUUGCCUUAAUUAUAAAAGCGGCAACAUAAAUACCAUUUUCUUGCAAGUGAGAUUUUUAACGUCAGAUUUUGUAUGUUUUUUUUCUAGUAAGGAUUUAUGAAUUAUGGAGAUUCCGACCAACAUCACCGAGGACUUGGACAAUCAAGGCGACAGCACUACCCGAUCCUUAACGUUAACGUCACGGCUGACAGUGGAAAUGGGCAUUCUAUACUUAGGCUACCUCCUUCUCAUAUUGACGUCAUUGGUAGGCAACUCUCUGCUCAUUCAUAUCAUACGUACGAAACACUUUUUGAAGACAGCAACCAAUCGUCUUAUACUCAAUCAAGCAUGUGCAGACUUGAUUGCCACGUUGACCAGCAUGACAGCCAUGUUUAGUGAUUCCCUCUUUUUCAAAGAGUGGUUUGGUGGAAUGAACGGCCUGGUGACCUGUAGGGUCGCCGUUUGGGUAUAUUUUUUGCCACCGUUUUGUUCCGUAUGGACCCUGACAGCAAUUACCAUUGACCGAUAUUUUGGGGUAGCUCGGCCCUUGCAGUCUUCUCCGAUAACACGUCAUAUCCGGCUUGUUAUUAUGGGAUUGUGGAUCUGGGCAAUUGGGUCAGCGGCUGGAAUGGAAGUUAUGACACACUUAGCGUUCAUCGGCAGACAUGUUUUCUGCGUAAUUGAUUAUUCGCACGUUACGAUGAAUGUAGGGAACAUAACAGCGCUGUGUUUACUGCGUCUUAACUUUCUUGUACCUCUUCUGGCCAUGACUGUCCUAUACUCGAUCGUGUCUUACCGUUUAUGGUCACGUAAUCCACCAGGGGAAGGAACCAAUCACGACCAAAGACAAGUAGAAGUGAUGAAGACAGCCAAGAAAGUUUCCCGGAUGAUGAUUGUUGUUGUGGUUUUGUUUGUUUUGUGUUGGUGUCCAUUUCAUGUUUUUGUUGGUUUGUAUAGCUUACAUAAGAUCAGUUUGCCGUAUCCUGCACUUAAGUUUGUUGUUUGGUUGUCAAACGCUUACAGUGCGAUAAAUCCGUUAAUUUACUUUUCUUUUAACAGUAAUUUUAAGCUGGAGUUAAAGGUACUAUUUGGAAAAUGUUGCAAGAAGCCGAAGUGCUGCACAUAGCAUUCUUACACAGAUCUAUAUAUGUUUUUUUUCCUUGGUUCAAUUCCUUGAUUCGUAUGCCUUAUUUAAGUAUUAAAAAUCAAACUUAAACGACAUUUCACAGUCAUAUGUCGUUGCGUUCAGUCGAGAAAGCAAGAAGGGUAGUGUUAACUCUGAAUUACAAAUGCUUACCAAAUCUAGUUGUCCAACCUUUAAACUCCACGAUUAACUCAUUGACUGACCGAAUGACGGAUUGAUUGAUUGAUUGAUUGAUUGAUUGAUUGGUCGUGCGGACGGUGGGCAUAGGCUUUUCGAAACUUUGAGACAUAGAAAUACAUGAAAGUUUAUUAAUUUGUUUUCCUAAUCAAUUUUUUAGUACAUCAUUCUACGAGCGAUCAAUACUUUCUGUAGGUAGUUUGGAAUAAAUAAAUCUAUUUGCUGGGCUUUGAAAGAAUCAAACUAGAGCUUUUAAAUCCUAAAACUAUGCAAUCACAUAAUAUCCUUUCUUAGUUGACCUCGUAUCAAAUAAAAUCUAGUAAAAGAUGACAUGGACAAAAUAAAAAAUCAUAGAUAAAUAUUAAAUACACAAAUAUGUUUCGGAAACACUUACUAUAAAUAAACCCUAUAGCAAAAACUGUAAUACUACAACGCUUAUUGCACAAUGAAAUUACAUCAGAAUAGGUCUGACAUGUCAAGGUACUAACUGGUAAAACACAAAUUAAGAAAGAGACUUUUCAUCGCAAAUAUUCACUAGACCUCUAAGAAAACUUGCUCCUCAAAUCGCCAACAUAACUGAAAUGACCUGUUCAAAUAAGUAGACCCAAGUAAAUCUAAUCUAUUCUACAAUUUCCUUCCGCUAAGAAAGAACAUGCUAAAUUAAACUUGAACUAAAACUUCACAUCAUUCGAUAGAAACGAAGAACCUACCACACGCUUUUAACGAAAUAAGGUGCGAGAAAAUAGACUGUAUAUUUUGAUAAUCAAAAUGAAUAAUGCUAUUUUUUUUCUCUGUCUUCUAAAAGAGAAAAGAACAUUUCUCUGUGUUCCUAUCCAGCUGUAGAAGCAGUCGUGAAAGUUUGGGAGAACUCAAAUAAGUGGUGGCAACACUCACUAUUAAGAAACUGACUCGAUAUACCUAACGUAUAAGUACCUCAAGUUUUAACGCCCUCUGGACUAUGGCAAUAGAGUUAUCCUGCUGAAGGAAUAUCAGUCCCUUGAUAGUCUUUAAAUCUGAAAUUUGGAUGGUAUUCACAACUACACAAUACGCGUUAGCAGUAAUAUCCAAUCAAACACUCCACUCCACGAAAGUACAUGUACGUGGUAUCCAGCUUAAAGGAGCUACGUCACGGUUUGCACCAUCUUGAAAAGUUUAGCCUAAAUUUUUCAAGUUCGUCGUAUG